AUGGCGCACCUAGACCAGCGGCGGCCGUGGACCAUCACCCUUCGAGCCAAGUCCAAGUCCUUGGAUCUCAAAUUCAAGCUACCCAAAUUUUUGCUUGUCCGCAAGCUUCUCCGAUUCUCAUUACAUCUCGAGCUCCACCCGUACACCUUGGACAUCAAAUCCAAACCCAAAUCCCCAUUAUCCUUAAAUUCAAAAACAUUAAAGCUCAAAUUCAUCAACAUGUUCAAGAAAUUCCACAGUAAUCGACCCAGAAAUAAAGACAUUGCGAGAAUCUGGUUUGCUCAUAAGAAUUGCCGGAGGAGGAGAAGAAGAAAAGAGUAUGUUGUUUUAGGGCUUCUGCUGUUGGCAGUAAUGGGCUGGGCUGUGGUUUUGCAGCUGGUCAGAGUUUUUGGGCUGGGCUUUAUGUGGAAAUGCGUUGGUUGGGCUUGGUAUUAUGCUGCACCUUAUGGGCUUCCACACCUUUCAAAGGCAAUUUUUAAUGGGAUUUGUAAGAUUUUGGGGUUUCUAGUCCACCAAGACAUGAUGUGUGAUUUUUGA